AUGACCACUCCAAUCCCUUCUUCUGCGGGCAAUCAAGAGGCUGGCUGCUUUAAGGCUGUUGGCCGCCCAGUGUUCCUGAUCCUCUUGAAGUUACUGCGGCUGUUCGCUUCGGAGUACUACUACACACCGACCGCUCCUGAGCCUCAAGCCUUAUGUAUUGCUUCACAAUCUGCUACACCUUUACUGAACAGGAAAGGAAUCCUGGAUUCUCUCGAGAUGGCAUCUACAACGUACAAUGCCCUGCCCCAAACACCAACGACGCCAUAUUCCAUGAACUACAACGACUCCAUCCAUAAGCCCGUGAACAUCCAUGUCGGAUCUCCUACACAAUACUUCGGCGAAGAAGGCACUCAAAGCCACCCGCAGUCACCCGCCAUGUCCUUCCUUUCGGAAAAAGACAGAGCUCAUGCUAAGGCAGUACAGAAACUCAAAAGCCGAAUCCGCUACCUCCGCCUCCUCUCCCGCCUCGCAGGCACCGCAAUAGCAAUCGCAAUCGUCGCCCAAGAAGGCCAGACCCUCUACGCCUUCUACACAACCCACACCACCAUCCGUUCCGGGCGCGGCCCUUGGGCCAAGGAGACGCAGCUCUGGUCCUCCCUCCUGAUGUUCUGUCUCUCCCUCAUCACCGCCCUCCUCGGCGUCGGUAUGGUCAUCGCCUAUUACUUCUCCAUCAAAGCCGCCAACACCAUUGCUGGGGUCCAAGUGGGGAUAGUUAUCGUGGUUGACGUUGGGCAUCUGGUGGUGUGGAUCGUGGUCGCGGUCGCUUAUCGAGUGGCGAAGAAUGGGAGGGAUCUCUGGGGGUGGGCGUGCAGUCCUAUUGCGGAGGGUAUACCAAAGGAUAUGGGAGCUGAGUAUUGCCAAAUCGGUAGUGAAUGGCUUGGCUGUGGUCAUACUCGUGUUUGUGUACAGGCGGACGAGAACGAAGAAGGAGAUCCGAAGACUGAUGCUGAUGGGCGCUUGAAGUCUUGA